AUUUACAAUACGCUCUAUAUUUGGCGAAUCAAUGAUUCACGCGGUUAUCUCCCCAAUAUUACUCAUAUUUAAUGAGAAUUACGACGCUCGUAAUAAACAAGUUAGGGUCGUAUGAAAAGUGUGCGCCUUGAGAACAAUUUGGGAGGAGCCGCGUGCGUGCUUGUCUACAAGUUUGGAUAAAAGGGGUUGCAUGGGGCCCAAUGAGCAAAAUUUACCAAAGAAAUUGGCUAAAAUUAACAAAGACGAAUUAGUCACAGUAUUUAUCGACAACCUAUGAAACUUAAUUAAAGAAAAUAGAGCAAACGUUGAUUUAACCUGAAUGUUUUAAAUUGAAUGCUCUUGUAUACAUGUAAAACAAUUUAAAAAUAAUUAGAGAAGAUAGAGCAAAUGUUUAUUUAACGUGAUUAUUUCAAAUUGAAUGCUCUUGUAUACAUAUAAAAAAUUUGUUUAAAAUAUGUAGAUAUUAGUAGCAAGGGGUACAAUUGUUCCCUUGCACCACCCUGGCUGCGCCACUAGUGGGAGAACAUUCGGGCGUGGUUUUUCAGCUCGUCGCGCUGUUCUCAGGAAGACGAGCCAAGAAAGGUAGAGGAUCUUGAUGGGAUAGGAGGGACAUGUCCGACUAUAAGAUCAGCCUUGCUCCGGAGAGUUGAGAAUACGUGACAUUAUGUCGAAACUAAUCUUACGAUUAGCAAAGCAUCGAAGGUCGGCUGGAAGACUUCGUUUCGUUUACUGAGGAAGUUGUUAACGAGCGAUUGAGGCCAUUUAAGAAUUAAAUGGCACUCCAGGGAGCGGUGACGUCACGGUUUAAACGUCACGACGCAAAGGCAUUCACAUCAACGUUAGCCUCGGACUACAUUACGUGUACAUCGAUUAUACACACACUUUUGGGUGGGCCUCUCGCGUAACAAAAAUGUUACGAUCGAAGUAAAAUUUUUAUGAGAUAUAAAAUGAGCGACUGACGAACUAAAACGAAGAAGGUAGUGCGAUGCAGCCCCGCCUAGAUGGGAAACUGGCCUUGCUUUAUACACUAUUAGUCUUACAAGUUCUUAUCGUUAUAAUUUACAUUGCUACAACUCCACCUUCCGAAUUAACUAUAUCUACAACUCAUACUUCUGUCACGUUCGUAAAAUUUGAAGGUGCACAGGAGUCUCAAAUUCAACAGAACAAUCGUAAAAAAUUUCCCAUCUACCAGACAAUCAAUGGGGAGGUAGUACUGAAAGAUGUAAAGACUUUUGCGCUAUUCGACACAUACAAUCGUACCGUUUGUUGGAAAUAUGGAGUGGAUAAUCAGAAAAUGAGAGGUAGAGAAGAUCUUCAAAAAUGCAUUUGCACUCAAGGAUGGCACGGCUCCGACUGCGGUCAACCGGAAGUUGUCUGGAGAGCAAUUAUGGCAUCGAAGCAGAAUAUUAAACUGAAACAUCGGAAAAUAGCUAGACGCAUUAUUUAUACGUUUUAUCUGAAUGAAUACAAUUCAGCAAUCGCGGAGGUGAUAGUAGAAGAACUAUACAACGUAGUUGAUCUUUUUGUAAUCUGUGAUUUCAGUAACGCGGAGGAUAAUUUUCAUCAUAAGCUACUUAAGGGUUUAUUGCAACAGGAACAGAACAAGAUUUUAUAUAUUAAUAUAGCAACAAAGGUGCAUAAGCCGUUAAGGGUAGUGUCUACGUACGUCUGGGAGAAAGUAAAGACUGUAGUACGAAAUCUAAGGGACGACGAUAUUUAUGUAACAACUGAAUCGGAACAAAUAUUAAACUCAAGGGCAUUAAUGUUCCUCAAGGUAUACAAUGGAUGGCCACAGCCUAUCGGUUUUAGAUUAAGAUGGUCCGUAUACGGAUUCUUUUGGCAACAUCCGCUCAAAACAACGAUAACAGUUGGUGCGUGUACAAUUGGAUUAAUGCGCGAAGCUUAUCGAUCGAAUUCCAUCACUUUGCAACAACUGGAAGGAGAUUUAAGCGAAAGAGAUAGUCUAGGCCUAGUGAUAGGAGACUUGAAUCAUUAUGGAGGAUGGUAUUGUUAUCUAUGCCAGGCACCGGCAAAUAUUAUAACUAGUCUACGUAAUAAAGUUAAAUCCAAAGAAAUUCAAAUAGAGAAAACUAUCGACGUACCAUUCAUCGAGGACCUAAUAGGAAGUGGACUGUGGUUAGAUGGGAAAACUAAUCUCCUAAGAGUCUCUAAAUCUCGGGACCUCUAUUUUGCGCCUGAAACAAUACUUAAUAAUACGUGGAAGUAUGACUGGCUAGUAGAGAAUUUUUAUGCUAAAUUAGAUUAUUAUUGACAUACUGAUCGCACCCGACUGUGAUAUUAACUCAUACUCGAUACUCAAUGUAAACUAUACAAUACUGUACUGAAUUUAUAUACCAAAAUAAUAUGUUGAUUGAAUUGUGAAUAUUAAA